AAUAUUCCAUUGCACCACACACUGUCAUUGGUUUUGCUAUAAAGGCACCACUUCUAUUACCAAUACCCUUCAUUCUAUAACCACCAAUUGUGAAUACAUUCUUCUUCUUCUCUUUUUUGUUCACUUAAUUUCUUUCAUCACAUAACCAUGUCUUCUGAGACUGUUGUCCUAAAAGUAAAAAUGUCAUGCCAAGGAUGUGCUGGAGCAGUCAAUAGGGUUUUGGAAAAAAUGGAAGGUGUAGAAUCAUUUGACAUUGAUUUAAAGGAACAAAAGGUGACUGUUAAAGGAAAUGUAAAACCACAAGAAGUUUAUGAAACUGUUUCUAAGUCUGGAAAGAAAACUGAAUUUUGGGCUGAUCUUGAAAACAAGUUCACAGAAACUGUGACUGAAGCUGAACCUGAACAUAAGUCUACAGAAACUGCAACUAAAGCUGAACUUGAAAACAAAGUCAAAGAAACUGCAACUGAAGCUAAAAAUGAAAACAAAUCCACAGAAAUUGCACAACUUUCAGAAGCUGGAGUUAUUGCCUCUGUUGAACUUGAUAACAAGCCUUCAGAGAAUUCUAUUGUUGCCUCUACUGAGCCUGAAAACAAAUCUUCUGAAAUUGACAAUGUUGUUGCUUAAGAUACUUAAGAAUUGGUCUAUUUUAAUUUUAAUUGUUGUUUGAUGUUUCCAGUGGUAGUGGUAAUAUUUAAGCUACAAGUACUUUCUUUUAUUUUGCACCUGUGAUGAAUGCUUUUUGUUGAUUAGUGUGUUUUAAAUUGGAAUUUAACUUGUCCCUAUUUUUAGUUA